AAUAAUUUAUUUACCCUUGAAGUCUAAUGAUUAAAAAUAGAACAUAAUUCAAUAUAGAUAUAUGAUUCUAUUAAUAAAUUAGCAGUUACAAAUUUGAAAUUUCUAGAAAUAUCAAAAAUUGUAUGUUAGUUAAUUAUUUUCUAAAUGAUAUUUAUUUUUAAUUCUUUUUGGAUGAGAAUAUUUUGGCUGAGGUGGAUAGUCUCAAAAGCCUUGAAUUUAGUCAUUUUUAUAUAGUAGCAUGUAACAACAUUUUUAACAGUAAAAUGGAUUUGUAGCAUGGAAAUUUAUAAUGAUGUUUUGACAUGUCAUUUACAUGUUAUUUAUGUGUAUAGCGUUGCAUUUUUUCAUGGUUAAUGUUUGGCAUAUGUAUUAAUAUUUUUAAUCACUUGGUUAUGUUUUAUGAUUUAUUUUUUCAUAGUGCUGUUUGCUGGACAAUAUCAAAUUCCAAAUCCUACACAUUUAUUUGGCUAUAAAAACUAUGUUUAUAGUGAACACUAUAACACAUAUUAGUUCAAAGAUGUUGUCAUGUGAGUUAUAUAGUUUACGUAAUUUUAAUAUAGUCUUACACGAAAGGAAAAAUAUGUGUAUCCACCUAAUAUCCACCUAGGCAAAAUAUGCCAUCUGGCCCAACUCCAAAGUGAAGGAGACAUUUGUUUUGUAAACGAAACCAUAUACCCGAUUACUUGAGAUUAAUGGUUUGGUUAGCUGGGCUGCAUUUACGAUUUUUUUAAAAAAAUCUGGCCCAACUCCAAAGUGACGGAGACAUCAAACGAAACCAUAUACCCGAUUACUUGAGAUUAAUAGUUUGGUUAGCUGGGAUGAAUUUUCGAUUUCUUGGUAUGGGUUACCAGUGACGUGGCAAAACGAUUGGUCUGGAAUAUUUUGCCUAGGUGGCAUCCUUCAGAAGCUCCAAAAUUAGUCCCUAUUAUAUAGUGGGAUUAAAUGCCAAGUUGACUGCAAAUUCAAGAUCGUCGUCUGGUCUACAUUUGUUUUUUUUCCAAAAUCGUUGUUGGUCUACCUUUUGUUUCAAGUUUGCCGUCUACUCUAUUAUAUAAGCUCUCUUAUCCAAUUGUAUUCAUCAAACCACUUUUUUAAAAAAUUAGUUCAAAUGAUGGAGGAGAAGCCAAAGUUCAAGACUGUCCAAGAGGUAGUGGCAGCCAAUGAAGGAUUGCCAGAAAGAUAUCUCCAACCACUCACCGGCAACGGCGAAGAUCAACCUCUUAACGGUCCGGUGCCUGAGAUGGAUAUUCCAUCCAUUGAUCUAAGUCUUCUACUCUCUUCUUCUGAAGACGGUCGGCAAGAGUUGAGUAAACUUCACUCGGCACUCUCUAAAUGGGGAGUUGUUCAGGUUAUGAAUCAUGGAAUUACAGAAGAUUUUCUCGACAAGAUCUACAAGCUAACGAAGCAGUUCUUUGCGCUUCCGACAGAAGAGAAGCAGAAGUACGAAAGAGAUAUUGGUAAUGUCCAAGGAUAUGGAAGCGACAUGAUUCUUUCAGACGACCAAAUUCUUGACUGGAUCGACCGUUUGUUUCUCACUACUUACCCUGAAGAUCAGCAAAACCUUAAAUUCUGGCCUGAAGUCCCAACCGGAUUCAGGGAAACAUUGCAUGAAUACACAAUGAAGCAACAUGCAGUGAUUGAACAGUUCUUUAAGGGCAUGGCUAGAUCGUUGGGCUUGGAAGAUAAUGUAUUUCUAGAGAUGCACGGAGAGGAUGCUAGGAUGGAUACAAGGUUCAACAUGUAUCCUCCAUGUCCAAGGCCGGACAUGGUUAUUGGGGCUAAACCGCAUGGUGAUGGCUCAGCUUUUACUCUUCUCUUACCGGACAAAGAUGUGGAAGGGCUUCAGUUCUUGAAAGAUGGGAAAUGGUAUAAAGCUCCAAUAGCCCCUGACACAAUUCUGAUCAAUGUAGGAGAUCUUAUGGAGAUAAUGAGCAAUGGAAUCUACAAGAGCCCGGUUCAUAGAGUGGUGACUAAUAGAGAAAAAGAAAGGAUAUCUGUGGCAACGUUUUGCGUUCCGAGUCCAGACAAAGAGAUUCAGCCUGUGGAAGGGCUUGUGUCUGAUGCAAGACCAAGAUUGUAUAAAACAGUUAAGAAGUACGUGGAGCUCUACUUCGAUUCUUAUCAACAAGGUUUAAGGCCUAUUGAAGCUGCACUAAUCUGAAAGAAAAUUCAAGUCUCUUCUGUAAUUUCUAUUACUUUAAAAUAAAAUAUAAAAUAAUACGUUGCUUUAUCUGUUGGCAUGUGAUGCUGCUAGUGCAUUGUAUUAGAUUGCAUUUCUGCGAGACAAUAAAGAUGUUGUUGCACUAUUUUAUUAUAAUUUUUUUUCCCUUCAAAAACUACAAGAAUAAAAUAUAUUUUGAA